UUGCUUGUAAAACUGAGGAGGAAGUUGGUGUGCUCUGCUGUCUGUAUCGACUUAUCUGAAUGCUUUCCAGCGCAAUUUAGAAGAAAGACCCACAUUAAAGAUUCUCCAUUUCUCUUGUUUUAAAUACUUUCCAUUUCAAAUUCUUGAAAAAGACUCAAGAAAAGAAAGGGGAAUCAUAACACAGAAGAAACCCACCACCACUCCUUCCUGUCUCUGUGCUGGCUGGGAUCUGGUUCGAGAAGUGGGGUUGAGUGGAAAAGGAAGGAGCUUUCUUUUUUUUCUUGAGAAUUCCUGUUUGAUUUUGAGAUGGGUUUUUGGUGAUUGAGUGAAAGAUCCAAGAGGGAAAGAAUGGAACCCCCAAGGGGGUUGUGGGCUUCUUUGUGGAACUUCAUCCGUUUCUUGCCUUUCUUCCUUGGUCUUCUCAUUCUUGGCUUCAUUAAAGGUCUCAUUAUGUUCCCAGUGAUAUUUCUCCUAAUGACUGCCGGGAUCUCUGGGAUAAUACUUGGUCUUUGGCCUAUUCACUGUUUCUAUACUUACUAUUGCGUUUUGAGCACAAAACAAUUUGGUCCUUGCCUGAAGCUUAUACUUUGUAUAUGUAUUCCUGUGAUCUUAAUAGUAUGGCCACCUGUUGGGAUUGCCUGUGGCGUUCUAGGUGGGGCAGCAUAUGGCCUGCUUGCACCAAUGUUUGCCACUUUUCGGGCAGUUGAAGAAGGAAGGACUGACAAGUUUUACCACUGUAUUUGUGAUGGAACUUGGAGCGCUGUCCAAGAGAGCUUCACUAUUCUCAGGGAUUUUCUGGAUGUUUGUUACUAUUCUUACCUCUCAAUCAUGGGUGAUCUACGGCGUCAAGGGCCAGAUGGGAAGUAUUAUGAGAUUAGAUUGUUGUAUGUUCCCCUUGCUUUAAUAGCUGGAAUACUGGGUUCAGUGAUUGAUCUGCCUAUGAUCUCAAUUAUUGCCCUGUGUAAGAGCCCCUACAUGCUUUUCAAGGGUUGGCAUCGGUUAUCUCACGAUUGCAUUGGACGUGAAGGGCCUUUCUUGGAGACUAUAUGCGUCCCAUUUGCAGGUCUAGCAAUUUUACUGUGGCCAUUGGCCGUUGUUGGGGCAGUGUUAGGCUCCAUGGUAUCAAGUAUCUUCUUGGGUGCUUAUGCAGCAGUGAUAGUGUAUCAGGAGAGAUCUUUUUGGCUUGGACUUUGUUAUAUUGUUGCUUCAUUGUCUAUUUAUGACGAGUAUAGCAACGAUAUUCUUGACAUGCCUGAAGGAUCCUGCUUUCCUAGACCAAGGUAUAAAAAGAAAACUACAUCACGAACUAGCUCUAGCAAUCAUUCGGCUUCUUUCUCAAGGCCCAGCUCCUUCAAAAAUCCACCCUCACGUACGAAUUCUGUAAAUACACCUAUGCUUGAGUUGAAGCCCCUGGAGUUGGCUGAUGCCUUGUUCAAGGAGUGUCAGCGCCAUGGGGAAGUUAUGGUCUCAGAAGGAAUAAUAACCCUAAAAGAUAUCGAAGAUGCAAAAAAUAACAAAAGCAGCGGUGGAGUGAUAAGCAUUGGUUUACCCGCUUAUUGCCUUCUUCAGGCACUUCUGCGUUCAUCAAAAGCCAAUUCUACUGGUAUAUUACUAAGUGACAAUGUUACUGAAAUAACAUCGUCAAAUCGGCCAAAAGAUACGUUUUUUGAUUGGUUUCUUAAUCCACUCUUGAUAAUUAAAGACCAGAUUAAAGCUGACAACCUUUCUGAGACAGAGGAGGAAUACCUGAGCAAGUUAGUUUUAUUGGGUGGUGAUCCUGCAAGAUUGAAGAACUCAGAUAUUGGCGCAGCACCUGAAUCUGAGCUUCGAAAAGCCGAACUGGAUGCAUUAGCUAGAAGACUUCAAGGGAUCACUAAAUCUAUAUCAAGAUAUCCAACAUUUAGACGUCGUUUUGAUGGUAGCAUGAAAAUAAUUAUGGAUGAGCUUGCUAAGAAGGACGGUGGCAGUGGAAAAUCUAGCAGCAAUGGUCCUCAGACGGUGCCAAAAUCAAGGAGUAUGUUGGAGCGGCUUUUUAGUCAGAAAUCUUUGAGAGGCCGAACAAGUGACCAUAGCUAUGAUUCAGACACUCAGACGCCAUUUGAAAGAGACAUUGAGAUCAGAUAGAAUGGUGCGACAUCCGUUCACUUCGAUGUUGUAUCAGCUGCAGAUUUUCAGGCCAUACGAAUGUAAAUUGAACAUUACAGGACUUGCUUGAUAGUCCUAGAUGCAUAGAUGGUUUUCCUUUUCUAGAAUUUUUCAUAGAUCCUCUGAUUUCCCGAAGUUAUGAUUGCUCAAUCUUUUGGUGGGCAUCUCAUGAAUUUCUGUCCCAGAAUUUGUAGUCCUCCCUGUAACCUGUAUUCUUAAACCCACAUAUAGUUUGAAAGAAUUGAUGCAAUAAAAAGAAAAAAAGAAACUUUAAUUUCUA